GUCGGGGAAUUCCCAUUGGAUCCCCACAAGCCCCUGAAUUUAUAAAUUUACUUUCAACAGCACUUUCUUUGCAAGAAAAUGGCUGAGCGAGCAGGAUCUGACAGCGUUCCUUUAGAUACAGUGGACCUGAAGACGCCUUCCGAGAGGACUAACAAGCCUGUGUUGGAGUUUCAACCAGCUGUCUCGCCCUCCAUUCCCCUCCAAACCAGUGCUGCUGCGGUGGACUCUCCUGUGGAAGGUACUGAGCUGCAGAGCAGGCCUAGGGCCAAGUCUGGAACCAGCUUCAAGGAUUGGAGCAGCCAUCAGAUCAAAGUUUCCAAGCAACUGUUCUCGGAACGAUUCGGUCAUGGUCUUCGCACUGUUGACUCACAGCUUGAGACAAGGAUAGAGGCUUUGAAAGAAACACAGAAGAAAUAUGCACAUCUCAUUGCUCUAUCAAUACAAUUUGGAAACCACUUCUCGCAGGUACUGGAAACACAAAAAGCAAUGGCCGAGCAUUUUGCUUUCAUGAGUGUCCGUGCUCCUGAGCUUCAUACCGAGUUUCGUUGUAAUUCCGACUCUCAGAAAUCUCUUGCCAAGAAUGGAGAGGUCUUGUUGACGGCUGUCAGGUCAUUCUCAUCUGGUAUGCAAACAGUGUGCUCCACAACCAUGGAAGACACACUGAUGACUGUCAAAGAAUACGACUCUGUUAGACUUACUUACGACGCGUACAGAAACGAGUUGGAGGCGCUGAAGAAGCAAGCGAAUUCCUCUCAGAAAGCAGCCGAGCGUGUACCAGCCGCAACUGCAGAUUUUGAGAAGAAAAAAGCAAAAUUUGAGCAGCUUCGAAAUGAUGUGGACAUCAAACUGAAACUACUCGAUGAGAACAAGCUGAAAGUGACCCGUCAGAAUUUGGUGCUCUUACACAACGCAUUUUCUGCAUACUACGAUGGCAAUUACAAAGCCAUGCAGGAGAACAUCCAAGAGCUUAGUUCAAGGUUGGAUGGGACUGGAGAGAAUGACCCUCCUGAGUGGUUGGAAGAUCUGCCUAGUCAAAGAGAGCAAGCCUCCUAGAUGUUUUUGGACUUAUUUUAAAAGAGACCGCUUACAUGUAAUAAUUUUUAGCAUCAUUGCAUGAUUUUUGUUGUUGUGUGACUUGUUGUUCAUGGUAAAGAUCGUUGUUUUUAGUUAUA